UCCCGGCAACUUUCUCCCGGUCUCGCCCCGCCCGCCCGCGGCUCCCCUGCCCAGGCCGGGAGGCCCAGAUGGGGGAUCCCCGGACCGGGGCCCCCCUGGAUGAUGGAGGGGGCUGGACGGGCAGUGAGGAAGGCAGCGAGGAGGGCACCGGAGGCAGUGAGGGUGUCGGAGGAGAUGGGGGCCCUGAUGCGGAGGGCGUGUGGAGCCCCGGCAUCGAGCAGAGCUUCCAGGAGGCGCUGGCCAUCUACCCUCCCUGCGGCAGGCGCAAGAUCAUUCUGUCAGAUGAGGGCAAGAUGUACGGCCGGAAUGAACUCAUUGCCCGGUACAUCAAGCUGAGGACAGGGAAGACGAGAACUCGCAAGCAGGUCUCUAGUCAUAUCCAGGUUUUGGCUCGAAGGAAAUCGAGAGAAAUUCAGUCCAAGCUGAAGGAUCAAGUCUCCAAGGACAAGGCGUUCCAGACGAUGGCCACCAUGUCUUCGGCACAGCUCAUCUCUGCACCUUCCCUGCAGGCCAAGCUGGGUCCUUCUGGCCCUCAGGCCACGGAGCUUUUUCAGUUCUGGUCAGGGAACUCUGGACCCCCGUGGAAUGUUCCAGACGUGAAGCCGUUCUCGCAGACGCCAUUCUCCGUGUCACUGACUCCCCCAUCCGCUGACCUCCCAGGAUACGAGCCGCCCCCAGCCCUCUCACCCCUGCCCCCGCCCGAUCCGUCUCCCCCAGCCUGGCAGGCUCGGGCCCUGGGCACUGCACGCCUGCAGCUUGUAGAGUUCUCAGCGUUUGUGGAGCCGCCGGAUGCAGUGGACUCGUUCCAGAGGCACCUGUUUGUCCACAUCAGUCAGCAGUGUCCCAGCCCCGGAGCACCACCCCUGGAGAGCGUGGACGUGCGGCAGAUCUACGACAAAUUCCCUGAGAAAAAGGGCGGCCUCCGGGAGCUGUACGACCGAGGACCACCCCAUGCCUUCUUCCUGGUCAAGUUCUGGGCGGACCUGAAUUGGGGCCCAAGUGGUGAGGAGGCGGGGAGCAGCGGAGGCAGCAGUGGUUUCUAUGGAGUGAGCAGCCAGUACGAGAGCCGGGAGCUCAUGACACUUACCUGCUCCUCCAAGGUCUGCUCCUUUGGCAAGCAGGUGGUGGAGAAAGUGGAGACGGAGCGGGCGCAGCUGGAGGACGGGCGCUUUGUGUACCGCCUCCUGCGGUCGCCCAUGUGUGAGUACUUGGUUAACUUCCUGCACAAGCUGAGGCAGCUGCCCGAGCGCUACAUGAUGAACAGCGUCCUGGAGAAUUUCACCAUCCUCCAGGUGGUGACGAACAGGGACACUCAGGAACUGCUGCUGUGCACCGCCUAUGUCUUUGAAGUCUCCACCAGUGAACGCGGAGCCCAACACCACAUCUACCGCCUGGUCAGGGACUGAUGGCGGCCCAGUGCUGGGUUUUUCUUGUUUUUGUUUUCUUUUCAGAAUAUCCCCUUCCCAGGAAGGACCCUUUGGCUCACCAUGGGGUCUCUUUGGGGCCAUGAUUUAAAAAAAAGAAAGCCCUGAUAUCAGACGCAUGAGCAAUGGGGGGGGGGGCUGGCUCCUGUUAGAGGGGAGCCCAAAACUUGGUUAUUGAGCUGAGUUUG